UAUUUGGCAACUAACUUGGGUUUGGAUGCAAUUGGAUUUGGAUACUUGCAAACAUUCUUUGGUAUUCUUCAGCUUCUGGGUGGCCCCAUCUUUGGAAGGUUUGCUGACCAGUUUGGAACUAGAGCUGCCUUGACCCUUUCAUAUUUGGCUGGAUCCCUGUGCUUCUUGCUCCUCUCUGUAUCCAUCAGUGUCCCGCUGCUCUUUCUAUCCAGGGUUCCAGGCAUCUUCAUUCAUGGAUUACCAGGUGCACAGAUGGUUAUAACAGAUUUGACAACUCCGGCCAAACGUGCUGAUGCUUUAGGAAAGCUUGGACUUUGUUUUGGAAUAGGAGUAAUUCUUGGAUCAUCCCUGGGCGGUAUUUUAACCACAAAGUUUGGUGUUGGUGUUGCUUGCUAUGUUGCAGUAGCUGGAUACCUUGCCUGUGUCUUGAUGGCCCUUCUUUGUAUUCCUUCCCAGACAAAGCCACAGUCCAAGAGAAGUGAAGCACAACAGGGAACAUCCCAGCCCAGUAGUGUUUUUAGCCUCCAAGAAAUUAUUCGCCUGUUGACACUUCCGGGAGUAAUGGAUGUUUUCUUAAUCAAAGUUCUUUCAGUAUUUCCUACAGGAGUGUUCCUAAUUAUGCUUUCCAUCAUAUCCAUUGAUUUCUUUGGUCUGGAAGUUGCUCAUGCUGGGUAUUUGAUGUCCUACAGUGGAAUCCUUCAAAUGGUCGUCCAGGGCCUAGUAAUUGGAAGAUUAACCAGUCGCUAUACUGAGCGGUCUUUGCUUAUGCUGAGUGUUAUUGUUUUAUGUGGCGUUGGCAUUGCUAUGGUCCUGAUGACCAAUGUAUUUCAUUAUUGCCUCAUUGUGCCCCCCAUGGUGUUUUCCUUCAGUAUUGUUGGUGUCAUUACCGAUAUCAUCCUGACCAAAUCAGUCCCUGUUUCCGACACAGGAGCCAUGCUGGGAAUCAGUGCUUCAGUUACUCCACUGAUACGGACAUUCGGCCCAACAAUAGGAGGAUUUCUAUAUAGACAAUUUGGGGUUUCCUCCUUUGGCUAUUUACAGCUAAUGGUGAAUGUAUCUUUGUUUUUUUAUCUCUUGAAGAAGAAGAUCCCUCAGAAAGAAGAGAAAGCUCAGUGACUAAUUCCAUGGAUAUUGUUGAUAUAAAGAA